UUGUGUUUUUUCAGGGCUAAUCGAUUUUCUGCGCUUUAUGGUGAACUUGUUGUUCAGAGUAAAACCCAAGCUUAGAUUAGCCGUCAGUGUUGUGCGAAGUUUUUCGAAAAUGUCGGGCGACCUUGGAAAAUUGGAGAACCGAGAGGAGGCAUUGGCGCCUUUGUUCGAGUCCGGUUGGAGACUGGUUGAUGACAGAGAUGCCAUUAAAAAGACGCUCACUUUCAAGAACUUUAACCAAGCAUUUGGAUUCAUGACACAUGUGGCGAUGCUGGCGGAGAAAAUGGAUCAUCAUCCGGAGUGGUUCAAUGUUUACAACCGAGUAGAAAUUACGUUGUCUUCCCACGAUGUCAAUGGACUGAGUGGCAGAGACGUCCGAAUGGCAAAAUUCAUUGAUUUUUCUGCUGGUCGAAUUUUACCCAAAGAAUGAUUGCAACAUAAGCUAUGACUGCUAACGCGUUGAUCGGAUCGUACUCCAGGGCUAAUAUCCUUUUCUUUGGCGAAGUAACUCGGGAAUCAACAGUUUUCUUCAUAUUUUUGGUGCCAAUGAACGGCGUUUUUGCUUUUACUCUCUUUCAUUGGGUUGAUGAGAGAAUAAUACAAGCAAGUUCAUUUGUUGCUUUUCAAAGAUUUUCUCGGUGGAUUGAAAAUCUCAAACUUUGUGAAUCUCGGUUAUGGAAUGAUCAGCUAAUGGUGUUGGGUUUGCUGCUUCUAUUCCAUGAAUGUGCAAUUUUGUGUGGCCUGAAAGCCUCAGAAGUCUUCUGGAACAUUUUUUGUGAUUUUUCUGGUGGGUGGAAAAAAUUGGGAUGUGUACGGUGUCAUCAAAUGAGGCCUACCAUGUGUUGAGAUAAAGUAUUUCAAAAAUGA